AUGCCAGAGGCGCAGAGGAGCUCAGCUCCUCGGCUGCCCAGCGCCUUUCCCAGCCCGCGAGGAGAGCGCGAAAAAAACGCUGCCGGGCAGGAGGUCGGUCCCCAGGCGCUGCCCGCCGCGGGUUUGCCCGUGCCACCGCUCUGCCCCGUCCAGGUGCCGGAGCCUCGACGGCACGUGGCGGGCAGGGCGGAGCGCCGCAGCGGGGCUGAGGGUGCAGUGGAGGGUGGCGGCAGGGCCCGCCCGGUCCCGCGGCAGGUGCUGCGCCCUUCCCGCACCGCCGGGGCCGCGGGCGGGCGAGAGCAGCGGCGCCUCGGGCUGCGCCGGCGCCGGUGCCCGCGCGAUGGCGCUGUGCGAAGGCGAAGGCGCCGGGACGGGUCAGGCGGGUGGUCCCGGCCCCCAGGAGCGGCCGCGGGCUCUGGUCCCGCCGCGAUGAAGCCUGGCCCGAGGGGCAAGACGGGAGCCCUCGCCUGCGGGAGCCGCCUGCCCCUUUCCGCCUGCCCCGGUGCCCUGGCGGUGCCUGCUGCGGCCGCCGCCCCCGCGGGGGGAUCCUGCGCUGCCCCGCCGGUGCUGCGGGGCCGCCCCGCUCCGAUCCCACCGGCCACUGUGCCGUCGCAGCACCCCGGGAUCUCCGCGCUCCGAGGCGGUGCCGGCGGGCGGCGGGCCGGCGUCCCCCAGGACUGUAGUGUUCGGCCCGGGCGAAGUGCCCCGUGGGAAGGCUGCCGUCCCGCGGGCGCCGUGGCCCCGGGAAGUCACUGGGCAGGAGGGAGACAAAGUAGGAGGCGAGAAAGAGCGCCCGGGGGCCCGUCGGAUCCUGCCAGACACGGCGGGCAGCUCUCGGGCCGGCUGCGUGGGGCGAGGGCCGCCCCGGCCCGGGGGCCCGCGGCAGCCCCGGCUGUAGCCGCCCGCCACUGGAGCCUGUGCGGGCACGGAGCUGCGAUCGCUUCCAUGCGUUCUGGCUUUAAAAGCCGCGUCCAUGAACUUCAGCAACAAGGAGAGCUGGGUGCUCGGAACGCAUCCACUCCUUCUCUCAACAGAGUGCGAGAGCAAAAAAUUCUCGUAGUGGAGUUCGUCCUGAGUGUUCCCGGCACCGGCGCUCGCUCCUCCGAGCGCUCCCGGAGCCCUAGCCCUGGCGGCGGCCCCCCCGCCCCCGGCCUUCGCUGGCCCCCGCAUCUUCUCCUGAUCCCCAGACUUCAGCCGGCGGUGGGACCCAGCUCCCACCCGCGUUCAAGGCUUGCUGUCCCGGGGCAAGGCUGGCACUUUGGCGGCGGGUCCCCCUGCCCCUGCCGAGGCGGGGAGAGACACGAGUCCUUCGGCCGAGGCGAGGGAAACCGCAGGACUGCUUUUCGGGGCCGGGCCGGAGGUCGGGUGUGGGACGAAGGGAUGAUUUCUCUUACCCUGCCCUGGGAUCCUCUGCUUCUCCCGGCAGCGCUUUCGGGGGCGGCCUGGAGCCCACCGGGACAUCAGAGCGCUCGGCGGGCUGUCAGUGCCGCCCGUAGGGAAGGAGGGGCGCUGCGGGGUCGGCGGCGGCCGCUCUCCCGCGGGGACCUGACCCUCCUCCUAGUCCCGGGGCAGCACCGGGACGGCUGCGUGCGGGCUCAGGACAGCCGCUGCUGCCCACCCGACCCUCCCCAGGCGUUUGUGGGGCGAACGAAACCCUGUCUCCAGGGCUGUCCAGUGGCCGUGAUGCUCCCGACCACCCCGGUAACUGCCUGGAGCCGGGCGCGGAGAGCAGGGCGGCGGCGCGGCCCUACCUGGGGCCGCCCGGCGGCCCGGAGGAAGCGCGACCGGCCCGCGGGGCGGCAGGACCCGCCGCACCGCGAAAAGUUACUGUCGCCUUGGCCCGGCGAGGAGCGGCUGCGGGAGGGUCCCCUCCGCCGCUCGCCUCCCGGGGGGACGAGGGAGGGUGGCAGGAGGUUGCGAGGCCGCACCGGCUGCGUCGGACCGACCCGGGCGCCGGGACUGAAUGUCGGUGGCAGCUUUGCUCCUCCUCGGUGUGAGAAGUCGUCUCCCUCUCCCCUCUCCUCCGCGCCGCAGCCAGCGUCCCCGCGGCUCCCCGCCCCCUCGUCCCGACCUCCCCGCUCCGCUCCGCUCGCCACCCGGGACCCUCCGGGAAGGGGCUCUGCCCCUGCCGCCCCGCGGGCAGCCGCCCCGGCCCCGCCGCCCCGGCACCCCCGGAGGAGGGCGAGGAGGGGGCUGGGGGUGGGGGAAGGAGUAGAAGGGAAGAACGCGGCGUAA